CCACCGCCGCGCAUCCUCGCGCAGCCUCGAUCAUGUCGAGUGAAGGAGUCGAGGCGUCUGCGACUGGCCAGACGAACCAAGAUAGCAUUGCUUUGGUUCCAGCCGCAGACACACAGAUCGCUUCUACUAGCACAGAUGCAGAUAAGCCAGAAGCCACGGCUAAUGGUGAUGAGAAGCCCACAUCUACGGGAAAUACCGAAAAGCCGGCGGUAGAGACCAAAUCAGACGCACCAACCGAAGACAAGAAGGUUGAAGAGACCAAAGAAGAGACCAAAGAAGAAUCUAAGGAAGAAUCCAAGGAAGAAGCCCAGGAGCAGCCCGAAGAGCCCAAGGGAGAGAAGGAAACUGGACAGAAGCGUGACCAUGCCGCCAUGUCUACUGCCGAACCCGCCGCAACUACUGCUGACUCCAAGGACGAGAAAGAAGAGACCCAGGACGAGCCCAUCGAACCAGCCGAGAAGAAACAAAAGGUUCAGAAGAAAGAUGAGGCCAUCUCUACUACGGUUGCUGCUGCUGAUACAACGGAGAACGGCAAUGCCAAUGGAAACAGUAAUGGCAAUGAAGCCGCGAAGAGAAGACCAGGCCGCCCCAAGAAAUCUGGCGGAGCCUCAGCAGCACCCCCGAAGAAGAAGACGCCUACACCACGAAGCUCUGACGGAGUUGGAAGCAGGACUAGAAGCCGUCGACCCCAGGCCGAAGCUUAAACAGCCUCGAUUCGAAACCACAAGAUAUAAACCGUCCCACUGUGCGGCAAUCCCGCAUCAUUGCUUCCCCCAUUUGACUGAUAGUAUUAUGUUCCAGCCAUCUAUCUGUCUACCUUUCUUCUUUUCUACUGUCAUGAUUGUGAUUUUUAUCUUCUCGGCGCAAGAUGUAGGUAACUAGGAGGCCUGGUCAACAGGAUGGAUGCAAGGGGGAGACUAAGUAACAAUGGAUGGACGGAUCUCUCUCGUCGAUUGUCGGUGUACAGUAACGAGCGUACUAUCGAGGUCUAUGAUCAUGAACCAAACGCUGGAGGGACAUGACAGGACGACACCAGGUAGCUAUUCUAUCCAGGUCACCGAAUAUCAAUUAUGUUUUUGUCUGCUCCUGGUCUGCCAAACUACCUACGUAUGCCUGUGAGGCUAGGUAACUGCAUAAACCUCCGCCGGCGCAAACAAAAACACGUCUGCCUGGGCCGCGGAACAGGAUACAGGCCAGGUCUACGUAGACGAUGACGCUGGUUUACUUACGUCUUCUCCCUGCUGUAAGAAAUAGUUGCAGUUUCUGAGUCCGUCUGUUUGCGCCGCUGCUCGUAUCGUCGACAGCAAGAUGCCCGAUAUAAAUAUAUCUCGUAUACAGCCAUCUCGACUGCAACGGCUUCGUCUUCUCAUCGGCCCUGGAAUCCUAGUUAACCGAUAACUAUUUGCUCGAGUCCUCCUGGCUUGUUUGGAUAGUUAAGCCUGACUAUUUGUUUGUUAGCGACGGAGCAAGUGACAUCCAAGCCAAAGCAUCCACGCCCGAACAGUCACUCUCGAAACUCACUCCCUACUAAAGAACCAGGCAUAUUUCUUCUUCUCGCCCUCGUUGAUCGCUCUCUCGAUCUUCAAGCGUCUCGUCUGCCUGUGAUCUCCAUCGCU